CCACCUGGUGCUCUUGUCAAGUUUGUUCAGAAAGGUCUCCACUACAUGGAGAUGGAAGCUAAUUUGAGCAAUGGGGCAGCAGACAUUGACGAGGAAUUCUCAUUCUUUCAACCGUUGGAUCUGAUCUCAAAGGAUGUAAACGAGUUGCAGGUGAUGCUGAGGGAGAGUAAGAGGAAAGAGAGGGAUAAGGAGAAGGACAGAGAAAGGUCUAAAGAAAAUGAGAAGGAGGUUGAACGAGAACAUGAUGGAGAUUGCAGCCGAAUGAAGGAUAAGGAUAGGCAUGAGAAACAGAAGGAACGAGAGAGGGAAAGGGAGAAGAUGGAACGAGAAAAGGAGAGAGAAAGAGAGAAGAUUGAACGAGAAGCAUUGGAGGGGGAGAGACUGAAGUUAGAGAGGGAAAGGGACAUGAAAAUGGAGAAGAUAGAGAAGGAAAAUGCCUACGAAAAGAAGCUUGAGUGA